AUUAGUUCAUUAGUUCAUUAGUGUUAUUGUUAUUGUUUAUUGUUGUCUUUACACCAGUUGUGUGUUGACCAGUUUCCUUUUGCUUCUACCAGUCCGAGCUCCUCGUCCAGUUGUUGUAGAAGCUGUGACCUCGCAGAGGUCUCUCACGGUGAUCUGGACAAGUGAAGACACGUCGACAGCGAGAUGCAAACUCCGCCACAAACCUAACGGCACUGACCUGUGGACGGAGGUAGGUGCACCUCGGAAAUUAGGGCGCUGUUAUAAAUAUAGUUUCUCUUGCUCUUAAAACUAAUAAACAUGUUAGUAAGUGAUGGGGCAGGGAUGGGGACCCAAAAGUCAGUACAAGUGGACUAAUUCUGCUACGUACCAAGACUACCUGUGAUGUUCCCUCAGAUAUCUGUUUCGACACCAGAACACCGUCGGAACAAGAUGGUGUAUGUGAUUGACAGCCUUCAGCCAGUUACGCUGUAUGCAGUCAGCGUGUCCUGUGUUGGCCAGCAUGGAGACUGGAGUGACUGGAGCAAGGAAUGCUCCGGAAUGACAUCAGAGUCUGCUCCGAGUUCUCCACCCCGAGUCUGCUAUCACGUUGAUGAUUUCUGCUCUCCUGGAACCCGGAAGAUCUUACUCCUGUGGACGGCCCUCCCUGCAGCUAAUGCCCACGGCACUAUUCUGGGAUACAAAGUGUCCUACGUGCCCAGUGAACAUCCCCACCUGAACAGGACUGUAACCACCAGCAGCCUCAGAGUCACCCUGGAAGUAAUGGGAGCAGUGUAUGACAUCGCCGUCACGGCGUACAACAGAGCUGGAGAAUCUCCAGCGCAGCGUCUGCAGGUCACAGCAGGGUGUCAGCAGCACAACGUAACAUCGGUGCGGGGCCUGUGGGUGCCAUCGGUGCCAUCGGUGCGGGGCCUGUGGGUGUACUCCACCGACGGCAAACUGUGGGUGCAGUGGGAUACGGAUACGGCCAGGCCCGUGUCUGAGUUUGCCCUGGAACGGGUGGCUGCAGCAGCAGACCCAAACGACCCAAAGGACCCAAACGACCCAAACGACCCAAAAGACCCAGAUGACUCACACGACUCACACUGGACGUGGGUGGAAGGCUCUGGCCGUGUCCCCACUGCUCUGGCAGGAGAUAUUGAUCCCAAGCAGACGUACAUGGUCCGUGUCUACCCCAUCUCUGGUAGAGAGUGUGGCCCACCCAGCUCCCUGCAGGCCAACCUGGAGAGUGGAGCUUUGGUGGCUGUGGUCGGUUUGAGAGUUGCCAUGGUGACCCAACAGCAGGCCGUCAUGAAGUGGCUGUGGCAGAGGAAGCGGCACCAGACCAACAUCCUCCAGUACAGCCUGGAGCUGCGGAGUCACCGUGGAAACCAGUCCAUCACAGUCACUCCAGACAUGAGUGAGUGCUCAUUUCUCUCGCUGUGGGCUAACACUGAAUACUCGGUACACGUUGUCGCGAGGACCAGCGAUGGGAGAACUUCUAUAGAUAAACAAGACUUCACCACGCUGAGGCGGGAUCCGCAGGAAGAGGCGGCUGAGACUAUAAUGAUAGUUGUUCCUCUACUCAUUCUUGUCCUUGCAACUGGUGUUUUCUCUGUCACGUCUCGAAUUGUCUACAGGAAACACAUCCUCCUGCAGGUUGCAGACCCAGAGCAGAGUGUUGCUGGCCGCUGGCUCAUGAGCACUCAUGUGACGGUAGCUGACCAGAAGGUGCUGCAGGCGGAGGACCUCUGUGUUACUGAGAUGCAGGUGGAGGAGAAGACGUGCUUGACGACUGAAGACAACUCAAGAGCAAAUCAAGAAGCAGAUGUCGUGAACUCAAAAAAUGAGACCCAUGAAAGGAUUGAUUAUGAAGGGAUUAAUGCGUCUUUGACCUUCAGAGAAGGGAUAAAUGCUUCUUUGACCUUCAGAGAAGGGAUUAAUGCGUCUUUGACCUUUGGAGACAAUGCUGAAGGCCCUCCCACCCAUAGCAAUGCAGGAUAUGUUCACAGUAUCACUUUUCCUGAAAACAGUGAUUGUGAUGAAUGUGUUUGUGCCAAGGAAAAAAUGGGCGAUUUAGAUAGGACUCCUAGACCAUCUAUUGUAGCUGAUGUAGAAAGCAUUCCUUUUAAAGCUAACUUAGAUUAUAUUGAAGGAAUACCUGUUUUGGCCUAAGACC